GCUUUGACUUUCCGAAGUCUUCCCAGCACGAUGUAUCCCAUGCAUAAGCACUGGCGACAGUGCCGCCGUUGAUUAAAAAAGCACGUUGGUCAACUGCGAAUCGUGCUAGACCAGGCACACUAUCUUCCCAGCAAGACUAGAAAAGAUGCAGUCCCUUACUGCUCAAGCAUGAUGUUCCUUGCUUCUAUGUUCUGAGAUUGCUUGGAGACUUGGAUCGUUUGGCAUAUCCAUACGCGGCAUUUCGAAAAGCUUUCCCAUGGCUCACUACAGAGAUGGUAUCAAGUAUGAAGAGGGCUUCACUGUGAAUUCACGAGGCAGCAGGCUCUUCACCUGCAAAUGGACGCCCAUGAAACUACAGAUCAAGGCUUUGAUCUUUAUCUGCCAUGGCUACGGAGGAGAGUGCAGCAUAUCGAUGGCAGACACCGCCGCGCGUUUGGUGCACGCCGGCUACGCUGUCUACGGGGUAGAUCAAGAGGGCCAUGGGAAAUCUUCAGGCUUGAAAGGUUACAUAUCAAGCUUCAGCAACAUCGUCAAGGACCGCGCCGACUAUUUCAAGAGCGUGUGCGAGAAGUCGGAGAAUAAGAUGAAGAAGAGGUUCCUCUACGGCUUCUCCAUGGGAGGGACCGUGGUGAUCCAGCUCCACAGGAAGGAUCCUACCUACUGGGACGGGGCCGUCUUGCUGGCUCCCAUGUGCAAGCUUGGUGAGGACACGCGACCUCAUCCGCUGGUGGUGGGCGCCCUGAAGAUGAUCUGCACAGUUGCGCCUAGCUGGAGAGUCAUCCCUUCCCCAGACAACCUCGACAAAGUCUGUAAAGAUCCCCAGUUCAAGAAAGAGUUCCGUUCCAACCCGUACAUGUACAAGGGAAAGCUCGCGCUGCAGACAGGCAACGAGCUCCUGGCGGUGAGCCUGGACAUCGAGAAGAACCUGGAGGAGGUGACCAUGCCGUUCCUGGUGCUGCACGGCGAGGAAGACGUGGUCGUCGACCCUGAGGGGAGCAGGCUGCUCCACGAGCGGGCGUCCAGCAGGGACAAGACCCUGAAGAUGUACCCCGGGAUGUGGCACAUGCUCAUGGCCGAGCCGCCGGCCGACGUCGAGCGGAUCUACGCCGACGUGACGUCGUGGCUCGAGGAGAGGAGCGGCACGGCCACGGCGAGCGUCGCCAAGUGACUGCGUGUGUUGAGUGGGCCGGCGACGUGCCGACACGGCGUGGACUGAGCUGUAUUGCAAGAUGCAGAGAGAAAUGUAGGUACACGCUGAUCGAUCAAGUUAAAUCAAUGCAUCAGGUAUAUGAAAUCAAUGCCACUAUUAGUGUAUUACUCAACAAUGUAUGGUAUAAUGUAUUAGUAGAUUUUUUUAUUAUAUUUAUUGAUUUGUAGAAUUUCAAUUAAAAAAUCAUUAAUUUUUCUAAUUUUACGUGCUAUAAUACGGUGUCUACCUACAAUCUAGUUGCAGAACUAAGAGCAAGUACAAUAAGGUACAGUCAGCUGGCUAUAAGAGAUUAAAUAUUAUAAGUUUGCUUAGUUGGAGGAGAGAGAUUAGGAGAGAGAAGGGAAGUGGGCUCUUAUCUAAUAGCCAACUCUAGCACGUGCUCCUAGGCACUAUGUGAGACUAAAAGGUGGGCCAUAUAUUGUAAAAGUACUACACUUUUAUAGCUUACUAUUGUACAUGCUAGUUAUAAGUUGACUAUAGAUGACGUGGCAAAUUGUU